AUGUAUCAUGGUUCGGGCGGCGGCCUAGGCAGCGCGGACCAAGGACAAGGAUUCAGUAGAGCCGAACCCUCUGUAGGCUCAAAUGUCUCGAAUACCCUGCCGCGACAGCCGGAACAGCCGCGACACCCAUACUACACUGUGGAGAGUGAGCCUCAGUUCACCCCACAAGGAACAAUGCCUCACCAAGAUGAGGUAGAAGACACCUCUCCAUUCGCAUACAAUCCACCCUCCACUGCUGGAGGUGCGCCGCCAUCUGGGCAACACUCCACAACUCAGGUACCUCAGCAAGGCAUCUAUCAACAAACGUACCAGCCGUAUCAGUACAGGCAGCAACCUCAAACAGCGGUAGCAGCUCGACCGACAACCGCUGUGCCUCCCUCCUCUGCUGGCUCCCAGCAUUCUCAGCCCUUCUCAUAUGCACCUCAACCGAGCUACCCCCCGGCUAGCUAUGCUACUCAGCGCCAACCACCUCCUCAGUACCUCCCUCCGCAGAAUCCAUAUCCCGUCGCAUCGUAUCAUGGACAGGUCCCAGCCCACAGUCCGACCCAUACCGCCCACCCAAAUGUCGGACUAGGACUCCCUGCGUUCUCCUCCGCAUCUGGAAUGCCAUUCCCCUCUCAAGCCCAAGUGCAAUUCCCUACCUACACGCCAGCCUCGGGCAUGUCAGGUCAGGCACCACCACCCCGCCUGUUCGCAGUUGGAGCCACCCCCUCGUACGAGACCCGUCUCUUUCCCGACAUCACCGCUCCCACGCAGCAACAAGUAGGGUCUUACACGUCGGCGUCGUACAAUGUGCCCUAUGACGGACAACAAUCUGGACCGUUCCUGUUCGGCCCUGGGCCGUACGGGGACCCUCAAGCCGGUCCAUCCGACCCUUCCCAUGGUCGUCGCCUUCACAGAGAAGUACGGUACGAAGAAGACCACAAGUACCAUUGUCCACAUUGCUCGUUCGCCACCGAGCGUUCCCCGGAGUUCCGUCGACAUAUGAAGAAGCAUGGGAAAACACGAACACGGCCUUGCUCCCGAUGCGGAAAGGACUUUGCGCGGAGCGACGCGCUCACACGCCAUCAGAAAGGAACGAAAAACUGUCCUCGGCCGAAGCCUAAGGGGGAAGGAGACGACGGGCCGAAGCCGGACACGGAUGAGCCGCCAGCUGAUGACGACGAAGAGAAAGCAGAUGAUGAUCACGAGGAUGACGGGAGGGGAGAGGGUAAUAGCGGGCAUGGUGGCUCCAAUCAAGGGACGCAACGACCGGGCUCGGGGUGGAGCAGCACGUACGGGGCAUCGGAAUAUCAGGGAAUGGUGCACCAACACCAACACCAGCGACAACAGCCUGAGAACAUUCAGAGUCGACCAGUACCCAGCGCGCUGCAAGUACGAGCCCAAGGCCUGCACUUGCACGGUAUGCAUGGGAUAGGCCUGCCCUCGCCCCUUGCUAGCUCAAGCAGCAUGCCGAGCAGCGUCACGCUGGCAUCAUCAGCGCUGUCCUCUGCCACUGCGUCUAUCUCCCCCUCUGCAUCGACGACCAAGUUCCACACCUACACCAUCAGCCCUGAAAGUGUGCACCCCCAGCAGCACCAACAGCAGCACCAACAGCAGCAGCAGCAUUACCCUCGCUACGAGCCGCCAGGCAUGUAG